GCCACUGCCGCUGCUGCUGAGCGCGACAAUGUAUAUAGUAACAGUAUAUAUACAUGUAUAUAAUAUAUUAUAAACGAAAGGAGCCGUGGAAGACGCCCACUUGGCCCGAAGACGACGACGACGACGACGUCGACUUUGUUUCUCUCGAGUGCUUUGGCUUUUGAAGAAAGUGCCUUCUCGAGGAUACAGCACGUAUUUCAUACUAUAUAACUGCAUAAAGAUUCUUUGCACUCGCGAAAGCUCCGAAACAUGCUUAGCUCGUACACGGAGAACAGAUUUUUCGAUAUUAAGUGUUUUAUCGAGUUUAUGAUUUUUUUCUCGCACGCUCUCGAGUAACACACACACACACACGCGCGCGCCUUUGUUCUUUUUUAUUCUUCUUCAUCUUCUACUCCUUCUUCUUAGCGCUUUAUUAAUGUCGCUCGUCACGCGCGCCAAGAAGAAUUCAUUUAGGAAGUAAAAUUGAAGUUAACGAUCAGGCAAAAGGCGCUGUUAUAUAAAUGUGUGUUCCGUGAUUGUCUCCGUGUGUGUGUGCGCGUAUAAAGGUGUGCUCGACUUGGCCAAGUUCAAAUGGGUCAAUUAUCGUAAAUUACGCGUCGUUCCAGGCAGCAGCAGCUGCUGUGUGUUUUUUGACUUUCGGGUAAUACCUUCGAUUGCUGCAGGAGCUUGAAGAGCUUUAUAACUUCUCGUCGUCGUCGUAGUCGUCGUUGCAGCACGAAAAAUAAAACGAAGAAGAAAAGCGAGGGAGAGAAAAAAAAAUCAGCACACGGAAGGGAGAGAGAGAGAAGUUUAUCCAAUGUCCCGAGCGUAGCCGAGGAGAACGUAGCUGGAAAAUCAGGAGCGCAUCACCGCGAUCUCGGGCAAGACCGGCAAGAAAAAGGGCAAAAUGUCAAAAAGCGGCGGUGGCGACAAAGCCGGAGGCGGAGGCGGCGCCGCCGGCAGCGAGGAAGCGGAGGAACUGGAACACGAAAAGGCGAAGAUCGUGAAGCAGCUGCUGGACGAGAUCGAGGCCGAGGCGAGCAACACGGAGCGCAAGGAGCGCGUCGAGCACCAGCAGCACCAGCAGCGCCGCGUCCAGCUGUUCAAGACCCAGCACAGAAUCGAGCAGCGCGAGAAGGCCUACCAGGACUACGACAACUACUGCCAGGCGGAGGCCGAGUGGGCCGAGUACCUCGACUGCAACGGGCUGCCGGACGCGCGCGAUCAUCCCCAGCUCAACUCGUAUCUGCAUCUGUGGUCGCUCGAGGACGACCGUGCCAACAUGGACUCGCUGGCCAGGCAGUGCGAGAUCGCCUGCUACCUCAUCGACAAGCUCGACGAUGUGAUCGCGCGCUCGAGGCGCAGGCAGCGACGCAGCGAGCUUCAGCGAUUGUCGGCCGGGUCCGCCAAGUUUCGCGAGAAUUCCGAGCAAGUACGUUACGACGACGACGACGACGACGUAGAAACGCGUCGUGUCCGCUCAGCGGCUAACGAGGAGAAUGACGUGCAGGUGCGCCAGGCGUUUCGCGACAAGCUGCAGGCCUGGAUCGAUCGGGCGAGCUACGACCUGCUGAGCCAUCUCGACGCCAACACGGAGCGCGUCGAUCUCAAGAACGCCCGAUACCACAAGAGGCUGGCGGCCCUCGUGCUCUGCUUCUGGAUCUUCAUCAAGUUCCCCAUAAGCAUGAGAUACGACAAGGACAGAAAAGCCGCGGAAGUGGAUUUCGAGGAGGUCGGCCUGUCGAUCAAGAUGCCGCUCGACGUCGACUGCUACGGCUGCGCCGUGAGGGCCCUCUGCCUCGAUUACGAUCACCACUCGGAUAAGACGGCCUCCUACGAGAUGCCGAGCCUGCCGCCGCGAUGUCGCAUGGACAAAGACUUGUUGAAGUUCUGCGCCAACGAGUACUACCGGCUGACGGAGCUGCGCGACGAGCAGCGGGCGAGCCGCGAGGAGCGCCUCGAGGAGAAGCGCUCGCUGAUCCAGCGCAUGAUUAAUCCGCCCCAGGCCAGCCACGGCAAAGCCGAGCGCGGCAAGAAGAAGGGCAAGGGUGGACAGCAGCAGACCAACCCUCAGCCAACGGAAGCGCCGACGACGACUCAGAGCGCCGAGCCUCUGGUGCCGCAGCAACAGCAGCAGCAAGAGAAGAAGCCCCAACAGCAGCAGCAGCAGCAGCAGCAGCCACAGCAGAAACAAUUGGCCAGUCCCGAGGAGAUCGUCGCCCAGACGGAAGAGGAUAUAAGAAAGGAGACUCGUAGGCUGCUCUUUACGAGAUGCAAAAAGACGGAGAUAAACCUGCGCAAAUACGCGAUCCUCGGCGGAAUUUAUCGGAUCGAUUUGCUCAGGCAGCCGCCCCAGCCCAAGGACCUCGGCGACGGCUGCACUAUAACUACUCUGAAGGGCCCGAAGAAGCUCGAGUACGUGGAGUUCUGGAGGCCGUACAAAGCGCCACCCCCGGCGCCGGAUCACGAGCGCACGCCGGAAGUCAUCGAAGCCGAGAUUAAAGCCCUCGAGGCUGCCAUGGAGCUACUCGUGCUCGUCACUAUCAAACUACCCGACUCGGUGCUGUGGUUCGAGCCGCCGCUCGUUGCCCACUGGCUCGAGGACGAGCGAGUCUGGUCCACGGAGGACGUGCACGACAUCAAGUACAACGAGGAGAAGCAGCAGAUACAGUUUCGCACGGGUCGGCUGGGUCUGCACGGCCUGGCGGCCUGUCGCUACGUCAAUCUGCCCUUCCAGAGCUGGGAGCUGAAGCCCGCGUCGCACAGCGGCGCCGUGGCCCUCAACAUCACCGGCGCCAUAAUACAGCUCGAGCUGCUCGUCAAGGAGGACUUGGUGUGUUUGAACUCGAUUGUCGGAGGUGGAACGACCUUGAAAGACAUCACCGGCCAGUUCAUGAAGUUGCACGAACUCGUUAAAAAAAUGCGGGCGGCGGGCUGCGACGUGUUUCCCGAGCAGGACGCCUCGAGCUAUCUCAAGGGCAUGGUGGUGAAGCAUCCAGUCUCGAGUCGGCAUCUGCAGGCCUGCAUGGGCUUGCUGUCGACCGCCUACGUUUUCUCGUGGUCGAGGUGGAACGCGGGCCGCGGGCCCCGGGAAAUGGUCAUGCAGCUCAAAGAGGUUCACGGAAACGUCGCCAAAGAGAGAUCAAACGUAAUCGUGCUGGUCACGCCCUUCCGCACGUCCCUCGUCAAUUGCUCGGAAGUCAGUCCGGAAUUCAGCUCCGAGCCUUUUGACGAAAAUGACAGGUUCUACUGCGACAUAUACAAUUACGCGCUGCACAACGCCGGCAUCAAGACACGUCUGUGCAUGAAAAAUAUCUCCUUCAAAUUAUCGACGACCGUGACGAGGCUCUUGGCCACCACCAACGUCCUCAACAUGUCCGUUUGAAGAGUCCAAAGCUGUGAUCAAUGUUAAAAUGAAACAACAAAACAAAAAAAACGUUUAUAAAAAUAAUGAAUAACGUUAACUCUGGUCGGGUUGAUCAAUAAAUUUUCUAACGAUUUUGUUAUAACUAUUGUAAAUUUAUUAUAAUAUAUUAAUAUUAAUAUUUUACAAUGCAACUUCAUGGUCCUAACCAUAGUUUUUUAUUAAUAUUUUUUCUUCAUUUUUUUUUCUUAUUCAUCAUUUAUAAGAUUAACUGCAAAACUCGAGUUCCACAGACAAAAAUGCGCAAGAAAUCGAAACUAAGUUGUAUUUUCUCUUGGAUGCGUAAUAACAGUUGUUUAUAUUUUUCGAUUUCAUCUCGAAAAAUUGUACAAUCGUCUCGUGCAAUUACAUUAUUUUUAGUAUCAUC